CCACCGUUGCUAGUUUGUGAGUGGAUUGCAAUCAUUGUGGGUAUCUUCUGAUCAACAUCUUUGGCUUGGUGCAUAUGUUGCAAAGAUGGUCAUCGCACCAUUAUCACUAUCAAAUCCUCAUUCCGGUGCAAUAGGCACUUCCUCAACACCAGCAUCGGCAAAUCUACACAAUGAAACGGAACAAGCAUUGGCAGAAGUGGAACUUUUGGCACAAAAUCAAAGAAAAUUAGGUACAUUAACAAACAGAAUGACAUCUAUCCUUUCAGGAUUUGAUAGAAGGUUGAUCAAACUUGAAAGUACAAUGUUACCGAUCCAUAGAAGUACACAAACACUAAUACGAAUCCAAGAAAAUGUGGAUAAUGUAUUGCGUAGCUUGAACAAGACAUUGGGCCAUUAUGAUGUCUUACAGGAUGAAGAGCCGCUAUUACGUCAAGGACCCUCGGUGCGUGAUCCCCAACCAUAUUUGGAUACGAUCGCAAGGGUGAAGCAAGGACUGGAUUACCUUGCAAGGUCAGACCUACAAUCUCAACAGAAAGUCAUGUUGAAGAUGAACGAUUUGAUCGAAUUGGGAAGUCGAAAUGUGACAGAUAUGAUAAGAGAUUGGGUUACCGCUGAAUCAGAUAUGCAUGGAAUUGAUGUAGCAGAAUAUGUGCCGAGAGGUAUGGCUCUACCUCGUCUGUCGACCGCAACAAUGGACGCAAUCAUUCCGCUUUUCUCAUUCUUGAAAUCACUGCCAACGCAUCCGCAAACACAUCAUGCCCCUUUCUCAUCCGCUCUUGUAGCAUACUCUGAGAUACGUGGACGAUACGUUGAAGCAUCACUAUCACCCUUGGCGCAACAAGUGGUCACUUACUCACAAGAGAGAUUGAGCAGUACUGCGGGUAGGGCUGGCAUGACAGCAGCUUGGCAAAACGAUGAAGAUGACACAGGAUAUUCGCGUGGAAAUGCAGGUCUAUCAAAUUGGAUCAAUGCUGCACUCGAUCUGACGGAGAAUGAAUAUUCCAUCUUGGAAGAGUUGAUGCAAUCUCUCAAUCCACCUUCAUCUCAAACAACAAUACACUCAACCUUUUCCCGGCUUUUACGUGCACCUCUUCGAUCAUUUGCAUCUACACUUAGCACACUACAGAACGAAAUUCGGAGGAGCUCUUCUACGCAGCACACCUUCUUCGCUUUCGAUCUAAUAGGAGCACUCUCAAAUGCAUCACAAAGAUGGGAGAAUGUCGUCGUUGCAAAUUGUGCACGUCAACAGGAAUCAAGCAAUCCGCAUUCAGAACAGACAGCCUUACAUGCAUUGAGCGAAAGCCUGGUUGCGGCAAGAGGAAGUGCAUUGGAAAUCUUUCCUACUUAUAUUGCAGGAAUCAAUGCAAUGCCAAUGCAACGGGAAGGUGAAAUUCCUAGUACAACAAUCAACGAGAUCACAUAUUCAAGUUUGAACUUUAUGCGACAAUUAUGUGAAUAUGCCGAUGUUGUAGCACCUCUGCUCACUUCUUUGGGAGCAGGAAUGUGGAUGAUGGGAUCGGAUCGUGCUCCGGUAUUAUCACUUGGAAUCGAUAGUGAGACACAAUCUAUUUUGUCACAGUAUUUGGCAGAUGUUUUAGCCGCCUUGCUCAACGCACUCGAAGCAAGAAGUCGUGCGAUUCGACAACAGUCUACAGCAUGCAUCUUUUUGCUCAAUAAUAUCUCGCAUAUCAAAAGAGAGCUCAUCUACAACGGUCGUUCGAGUGGCGUAGCAGAUUGUUUAGGACCGACAGGUAUCGAGCUAACAGAUGGAGCAUUACGUUCUGCUUAUUCUUCCUACCUGGAAGCAUGGAAUCCAGUUAUUGGUCCGUUGAUGGAAGAUACGCCUGGUUUGACAAGCAAGCCUUCCGGACCAAAGCUUGCGGGAAUGGGUGGAAAUAGCGAAAAAGCAGCAGUGAAGGAUCGAUUUGCCAAAUUUUACGAUGGUUUAGAUGAUUUGGAACGUUUACAUCGUGCUUUCCCGAUUGCAAGAGAAGAUGAACAAUUAAAAGAACGCCUGCGAACCGAUGUCGUCAGAAUGGUCAUUCCAAUGUAUUCCCGUUUUGUUGCCAAACAUAAAAUGGGAGAUUUUAGCAAAAAUCCUCAAAAGCACAUUCGAUUUUCCGAACAAGAAGUUCAAGAUCGCAUCGUUAGCUUGUUCACUUAAUGUCUCGUUCACAAUGUAUAGUACUAGCCUAUCAUCAUUCUGUAUAAAAUACACUUGUCUACAUC